CGUGAAGAAUAAGUAGCCUACUACCUAGGCACCUAGCUACUAGCCUCAGAGUAGUGGCUCUAGCUGUGAACUCCAGGCACUACUUACACAGUUAUACAUACAUGUAACAUGUGUGUAUUGUAUGUAUAAAUAGAAUCAAAGUCUACCAGUAGUAACACUUUGAGUUUGUUGUUUGAAUUCACAAAAUAUGGAGAGCAAGGGAAAGGGAAAGAGAGAGAGAGAAAUGGCUGAGAAGAAUGAUCAACUCAAGGAGAUACAAAUGCUCGAAGGUCACACAAGCAAGGUGUGGAGCGUCGCCUGGAACCCUGCCUCCGGCACCGACGGUAAACCGGCGAUUCUCGCUUCCUGCGGCGCUGACAAGACCGUUCGUAUAUGGAAGCAAAAUCCUGAUACUUCUUCUUUCGUCUGCGUGACAACUAUUGAAGGAGGUGGUACUAGAACUGGUAGAUCAUGUUCCUGGUCUCCAGAUGGUGAUAUGUUGGCAAUUACAAGCUAUGAUGGUAGCUUUUCUAUAUGGAAAAUGAUUGAGGAUGACUUUGAGCAAUCGUGCAUCUUACAGGAAAAGGAUGACGAGGAAGUUGUAAGUGUUUCCUGGAAUCCACAUUGGGAUCUGGCCACUUGCAGCGGAAAUUGUGUACGGAUCUGGUCACCUUCUUCAGAGUCUGAAGGAUAUGAAAGCUUGCCGGCGUUAGAAGAACACACAGAAGAUGUCGAAAUGGUCCAAUGGCACCCAAACCAAAAUAAUUUGUUCUCAUGUGGCUGUGAUAGUACUAUUAAGGUUUGGCAAGGAUCACUUGAAGAUGAUCAGUUUAAGUUUAAGUGUGCUCAAACUUUGGGCGGACACUUGUCUAAAGUCUGCUCUAUAUCUUUUAAUGCCACUGGAGACAAAAUGGUUACUUCUAGUGCUGAUCUUACCAUAAAGGUAUGGGGGAGGUCGUGGCCUGAUGAUGACUAUGUAACUUGGAAAAAUAUUCACUCUCUACGUGGCUAUCAUGAGUUUCCAAUUUACUCAGUCCAUUGGUCAAGCGAAGGAAUAAUUGCUAGUGGAGCUGCUGAUGGCGCAAUUUGUUUAUUUGUAGAAAAUCAGGAGGGGUCACAGGAAAGAGGAGGAGCUAUGAAAUUGCUUUUGAGAAAGGAGAAGGCUCAUGAGGCGGAUGUUAACUCGGGGCAGUUGGACCCCAAGUCACAGGAUAAAAGUGAACCCAUGCUUGAAAUGCCAUUGGCAAAGAAGAGGAUGGAUGUAAUGAAUUUACGGGAAAGACAAGAUGAAAUGAUGCAAUAUCUUUUUCCAAAGAAGGAGGCUCGUAAAGUGGAGGUCACCGCGGUGCAGUGGAGCCCCAAGGGGAGUAGGCUGCUUGCCUCGUCCAGUGAUAAUGGCACCAUCAAGAUCUGGGAGUUUACUCCUCGCCAGUGACAUAUACAUGUUGAGAAUACACCGUACAUUCGUUGUUGCGCGAUAUUGACAUAUGUAAUCUGCAAGAUUCCGCAGCUAUAGAUUUUAAUGCAAGUGACAGGAAAGUAAUUUUGUGCAUCUCACGGUUAAACAUGUUGGUUACUUGUUAUUUUGCGACAGACAGAAUGAGAGCAAAUAGCAUACGGUGGAUUUGUAAAUUUUAAUUGGAUCACGGUAACAGAAUUCUGUUCUUCGCAACCUUUAUUUUGUUUCCAUCAACGUUCACACAUUGAUUACUAUGGCGAAUGGUUUAAUAUAUCCA